UCGGCAAAGACAGCCAUUCGAAAACACAUGUUGGAUGCUGCCAUACCUAAAAGUACGAGCAAAUUUUUGCGAAUAUUAAAACGCGUACAAAUCGGAAAUCAUUAGAGCGUUCUAACAAAGUUAAACUAUAUUAAGAUUCGUUUUUCAAAAAUAGAUAAAUGGAAGAAACGUUUAAGUUACCACAUAAUUAAAAAAGUUCUUCGCGCAAAUAAUGUAAACGGGAACUGUGGCAACUAUGUUUUUGUGUUUGUGUUUUCAUUUGCCAACAAUUUGCAAUAUUUUAGGACGCCUAUUUUUAUUGAUCAUCACAUUAGUUACAUUUUGUAGUUUCUCAACAUAAUUCUGCAAAUCGUUAUAAUGGCAAAUAAUCCAGCUGUAAUUAAGCCUUCACCUGUCCGUACAGAUAUCGGCCCGUCCGACAAAACUCUGGAACGGCAAUCAUCGCCAUCCUCAGAAGUGGAUAUCAUAAAACGCAAAUUCAGCGAAAUAAAUCUUGACGCUUCCAAUAAAAAUUUCGCCAGCAGUUGUUUAGAUGAGACACUCAGUAUCUAUAACUUACUGGCAAGUGUAGGUUUAGAAAAGUAUAUGGACUUGUUUGCUGCACGAGGAUUCGAAUUAGAGCAAUUUUUGGAUUUAUCUUAUUUAGAUUUGCAGUUAUUAGGCAUAGAAGAUAGCAGACAUCGCAACCACAUCAUGGAAUUGAUAAACGCGUUUCGAUUUGAUUAAUCACCAUAUUGGAAAUACAUCUGUAUAUACAUAUUUAAGUUAGGUAUGUUAAUUCCGGGAUCCCAGACUUUUUAAGUCCCGAAAAUCCCGGUAUUAUUUGCCAAGAAUCCCGGGAUUUGUAAUUUGCAAUGGUGGCAAUAAUACAAUGCCUUAUGUUGGCCAGUUUUUCCUAUAUUUUUUUGUUUAUCUAAUAUUUAAUAUUUUUAUAUAUGUGGCUAAUUAUACAGGCAACUUUACGCACAAAAAGAUAGGCCUAAUAUAUGCAGUAAAAUUGCAUUCUUAGCUUUUUUCGUGACCAUUAGAUCCAUUAAAUUACAGGAGGAUAAAGUUGCAAGUUGCAAGUGAGUAAAAGUAACGUUGAUUUUUUAUAAUAUUUUUGCUGGCGGUGUCA